CGUUCCAAUGUUGCAGGUGCAGACGCUGCGGAGGAUGAAGAGGUGGAUGUCACCACCGUUGACCCCAUUGUUGCUUUUUGCAGCAGUGACGAGGAGCUGGAGGACUAUAAGGCCCUGCUGUACCUGCCCAUCGCCCCCGAAGUGGAGGAUCCAGAAGAAAACCCCUUCGGCCCCCCACCGGACUCCUCGGUCCAGUCUUCUGCCCCAGAGGAAGCAUUGGCUGGCGGGGACAAGAAGCAGCGGCAGCCUUCAUCAGAAGGAGGCCCAGCCAAAAAGAAAGCCCGCACUACCACCAUCGAACUGCAGGGGGUGCCAAGUGAUGAGGUGCACCCCCUACUGGGCGUGAAAGGGGAUGGCAAGUCCAAGAAGAAGACAGCAGGUCGGCCCAAAGGCUCCAAAGGUAAAGACAAAGACUUCACCUUCAGGCCCAAGCCCUACAGGGGUGACCGGCCCUCCUUCCCCGUGGAAGCCUUGGGCAGCUCUGGCCCGGGAGUUGGAGUUGGAGGAGGAAUAGGGAUGAAGGGCAGGGCAGAGGGGGGCCUGGCCACAGGGAGUCUGGUCUCACAGUCGUACAAACAGCACGACAUCGGAGGGAUGGACUGAUCAUGGCUGUGAACACUUGUGGAGGAAAACUAAUAGGCUCAGACAAAGACACAAAUCCUGAUGUCAUGUACAGACUGUGAGCGAGCAGCCUGUUGGGUGAACAGACUGUUUCCUGUCACAAUCACGGGGAAACUCCUCGGCUCACACGCAGGAAUCGACAAAGAGAGCGUGAAGCAACCGAGUCAUCACAGUAGAUAUCACAUGUCCUCUGUCUCUGUAGGUUCCGUCAUGUAUAGAACGCCUGUGUCCUGAUAGUGUGUGUGUGUGUGUGUGUGAGUGUGUGUUGUCUUUCUCGUCUUUUUUAUACGUAUUAAAACAUUCUGAUUUAUAA